AUGGCAAAUGAACCGCCGAAAUUGCCUCACGCCACUCUGAACAAGUUGUUGCAUCUGGUGCGAGAAAACACCGAAAUUUACCUGCCGUUGGAUUCCAGAACGCUGCUGAAAACACCGCUUCAAGUAGGAAAAGAGAUUUUCAGCAUUGCUGGUGGACAGCAUUGGUACCAGGGGAUCCAGAAUGCAUUAAGAAAUUAUUAUCAAGAAGUAACGCCCGCUUUGGACGCUUUUAAAAUCAAUUUGUCGAUGGAUGGUCUACCUCUUCACAACAGCGGAGGAACGCAAUUCUGGCCAAUAUUGAUGCAAGUACAUAAUGAUCCUAAAGCUGAAGUUUUAGUACUUGGAGCAUACUGUGGAACAUCAAAGCCGGAAAACGCUGAAGGGUAUCUACGCCCUAAUGUAACAUUUGAAGGAGUAGGAAGAGACAGAACGGAUGCAGAAUUUAGAAGCGGAAUCUACGCUGGAGGACAUCAGAAACGGCCAUCACCUGUAUCGGAAUUUUAUGAUUUAAAUGUAAUACUAGACAUAGUUGUAGGUGACAGACUUCACGCAAUCGAUUUAGAUGUUACAAAAAAAUUGUUAAAGGGUUUAGUAUUAGGAUUUUUACCACCAUUUCCUAAAUGGUCUUCUUACGAACAAGAAGAAAUUUCAUUUCUUCUUAGCAAAAUAGAAAUACCAGGAGAGAUACACCGUAAGCUACGGACUCUAAAACAUCUAACAUUCUGGAAAGGAAGCGAGUUUAGUAUAUUUUUGCAUUAUGCUAGAAUUCCAAUUUUAAAAGGCAGAAUUUCAGAAAAAGCUUUCUAUCAUUUCACAUUGUACUAUGUAGCCAUUACACUGCUCUCUUCCAAGGUUUACAAGCAGUAUUAUACGUAUGCUGGAGAACUACUUAAACAGUUUGUUGAAGAGUUCAGUAAAGUUUAUGGUGCAGGUCAUGUAACCAGCAAUGUGCACAACCUUUUACAUAUUGCAGCAGAAGUAAAUAGGUUUGGACCACUAUCUACCUUUUCUAUGUACCCUUUUGAAAACAAGUUAAAGUUAAUUAAAGAUUGUGUGCCAAAGUAUUAG